AAUUUCGAAUAAGAUAUAGCCUUUUUACUCCACUACUCAAAAUGAGACAGUUACUUUUUCAAAAACUGCACUUGGAUAAUUAGGCUGUUCUACAUAUCAGGUCCAGUCUGUUCGUGUAAUGAUUUAAGAAUUAAGUGAGCUAAUCUCAGAUCUGCAAAAAUAACUGCCACAUCAUUGGCUAAAUCUGCUCAACCUAAUUUCACAGUAGCAAGUUGGUUAAAUAAAAUAAGAAAAUAACAGUAGGUUACAGUUAUAUUAAUAAAAUGUGGAUGCAAUUAACAGCGAAAACCGAAACUAGGAUGGACUGCCACCCUGGGAUUGAGAAAAUAUCUGCAUUUAAGAAUUCUUCCUCUAACUCGGGGACGCAUGCAGAGGUGGGAUUCACGUUUUAUAACAUUACUAAUUUGAUGGAGAGUCAUGCCAGCUAGCUUUGACCACUUUGACUUUCUCAUGCCAUUGUCGACACCCAUGGAACAAAACAGUCUGAUUUUUAUUUUUAAAUUUUUUUUUUAAAGCGAAGUAGCAUUUUAUUCACUGGCUGCACGUAUGCUAUUCGUUAAAAAAUCUAAAAGGUAGGCUUAUGUUACAAAGUAGCUAUGUUACAUCUACUGUAGCCUACUGCUACCUUAAGCUUGUGCCAUUUCAUUCCUUUCCGCGACGAGUACUGGCCUCGUUUAAGUGUUUAACCACAGCAUUUGUGCAUUGUCUUAUAAAGUUAUAAUUACAAUGGUAUUUUUUACCAUUUAUUUUGAACCAUUAUUUUGAAACAUUGUGAACAGUAGUUAUUUUAACACUUAUUUCUUCAAGUGAACUUUCUUCGACGUGGAAAACCUCAACAACAGCCGCUUUUUCUUGGGCAAUGGAAGGGCUGAUAUACUGUUACGUCACAACGCUUCAAAGUUGUCGAAUAAUUUAUUGUGGGGUUGAGCCUGUUACGUCACCGUGGCGGUGAACGCACCCUAUAUAAUGAGAGCCACCAAAACCGUUUUAGCAGAAUGGACGGAGCGAGGCAGGCGGGCGGUAGUGUCUUCGGAUAAAGACAAGACGGUCCUGCUGAGCCUGCUGGCGGCCUGGGCGCAGACGGAGAUGAAGAGGGUGGUGGGGGACAACGCAACCCUGCCCUGCCACCAUCAGUUCUGGGGUCCCGAAUCCCAGACACUGGACAUCGAGUGGCUCCUGCAGAAACCCAACUCAAAGCAGAGAGUGGUGAUCACAUACUUUGGGGGUAAAGUGUACGACCCCAACGAGAACCAGCAGAGUCGGCUUUCCUUUGCGGGGGACUACCUGAAGGGCGACGCCUCCCUGCUCAUCGGCGACCUCAUGCUGACUGACUCUGGGGAGUACAGCUGCAAGGUGAAGACCGGGGGCAAGUACCACUGGAGCACAGUCGACCUCAUCGUGCUGGUGAAGCCCUCAAAGCCCCGAUGCUGGAUGGAAGGCCGGCUCCUGGAGGGCAGCAGCGUGAAGCUGAGCUGCAAGUCGGCCGACGGCUCAGACCCCAUCCAGUACCGGUGGGACAGGGUGCUGGACAAGGGCAAGAGUGUGGGGAAGCUGCCUGCUCAGGCGCGCAUAGAUUUGAAGAACCCUGAGAUUGUCACCCUGCAGAAUUUGACACAGGAGAGCUCAGGCGUCUACAGGUGCACGGCCAGCAAUGACGUCGGCGAGGAGAACUGCCUCAUUGAGGUCACCAUGCACUACGUGCGGGGUAUAGGUGUGGUGGCGGGGGCGGUGGUGGGCGUGUCCUUCGGGGUGAUCCUCAUCAUCCUCAUCGUCUGGCUGGUCUUCCGCAAGAAGGAGAAGAAGAAGUACGAGGAGGAUGAGACAGCUAAUGAGAUCAGGGAGGAUGCUGAGGCUCCGAAGGCCAAGCUGGUGAAGCCCAACUCGCUCUCCUCGUCCCGCUCGGGCAGCUCCCGCUCCGGCGCCUCCUCCACCCAGUCCAUGGUGCACAACAGCGCCCCCCGGGGGCACCGCCCCCGCCCGCCCGCCGUGACCGCCCUCAAGGAGAACGGCCAGCCCCCGAGCUUCCCCCAGUCGCCCCCGGCCUACGCGCAGGUGGUGCCCAAGACCCCCGAGCCCAGCACCCCCAAACUCAGCCCCGGCAACCUGACCAGGAUGGGGGCUACACCCGUCAUGAUCCCUGCACAGUCCAAGGCAUUUCAGACUGUGUAGGGAGAAGAGGGGUCACCCCAACACGCCCCCCCCAACACCCGCCCGACCCCCUGGCCUGUCCACAUGUCCAAAGCAAAACAGACCAUUGAACAAACUACACUGAAUUAUAACAAAACAAAAGGGAUGUAAUUACAAGGAAUCAAUAAUUAAUAACAAAAGAAAAAAAACAAAAACUGUUUUUAAAAGGUUAAAUAAAUGCAUAUAAAAAAGGGACAAUUGGAUGUGCUUGCCCCUUCUGAAUUUAAAGAAUGAAUAAAUAACGUAAUUAAUGAAUUCAAUGAAACUAGGCAAGAAUAAAGAUGUUUUCUCUGCCUUUCUCUCGUCAGAGGCAGAACUUUCCUUUUUCAUGUGUUUGGUUUUACUUCUGAAGACGCGGGAAGGGAUGUGCGCUCUGGGGGGAGAUGAAGCCGGGAGGAGGUAGAAGGGAGCCACGCCCCACUUUCUGAUGCUCCGCCUCCGGGUAAGGCAGAAACGGGGAAGGGCUUUUAAACCGGGCGUAACGGAUGGCAAUGGCGGACGAGCAAAGAGUGGAGCGGGGAGGUCGCAAAGAAAGAACACAGUGUCCCGCCACUUUCUGAGGCCACCUGAGCAUCUGAUCCAAUCACGCUCGCCACCGCCCCUCCCCGCCCACUGUUGGCCCGAGCGCAGGAACCGGAGACUGCAAGGAUGGCAGGAGCGAAUCGUUUGAGGUAGUCUCCCCCGUCUUCCUGUGUGGGGUCUACUGCUCCUUGGACGUGAGGCUUCGAGCAUAUGUGGAUUUUGGAAGAGGUGUAAAGAAUAACUUGGUGCACGCAUUUCAAAAUCCUCCUCUUAGGACCUCAGGUCUGCAGGACUGCAGGUUGCGCCUCCUUUCGGUGUCUCCAGCACCUCCUUUUUUUCCUGGAUGCCCAACACUAUAUGAAAUACCCUCCCCAUACUAACUCGUAUUUUUAGGGAGCAUGUAGCAUCUGUAUAAAUACUUUGCUUACCUGACACUGCUGGUGGACUACAUUGAGUAAAAAAUGUAUGUUUAUUAGGAGGAAAAGGGAGCCUUUUUGUUCUAAUCUUCGAUCUUGUUCAGUGGGGAAUCUCAAGAGAUUUUUUAAGGAUGUUAUGCAGUUGCAUGGCAACUGCAUCAUACUGAAGUGCCACAAAGCCUCUGGAUGUUGAAGUUGGUUUUCUUUUUUUAAGGCUUUUUAAUUACUUAAACUUUUUUGUAAAGUUACUGAAACCAAAAUCUGUCAAACAAAAGCUACGAAUGUGUGUUGUACAAAAAACAGAGAUGGUCAUUACCUAUUUUUCUUUAUUUCUUGGUGCAGAAUGGAUUUCUAAUGGCAACAUGUAGACACAAUGUAGAUCUUGAGCUCAAUUCAACAAUCAGGUGGGUCACUGAAUGGUAAGCGAAUACGGACUUGUGUAUAGUUCUCACUGAGAUGCACUGCAGAAUAAGUACUCUAGUGACAUGCAGAGGCAGUGGAUUUCCUCACGUUACCAUCCCAUUGUGUUGCCUAGAGAUGUCCCAUGUGACCAGCAUUGAUACAUCAUUUAUCUUUUGUUUCUACUUCAAAGAGCCUGUGCAACAUGAAAGCAACUUUUGAAAAGGACAAGUAUUGCCUGUUUUGGUGUGCCUUUGCAAUCCCAUAUUCUUUGAUAAUUUUUUUUCUCUGCUCUUACUGUGUAUCAAAAAAGAAGCAAAAAGAAUCACUUAUAAUUAGUAACAGAGUUUCGGCGGCUGACUGAUGCAAAGGAUGCUGGGAGCAAACACAUCCAUUGAGGACAUAUGCAAAUGAAUAACCGGCUGCAUCAACACAAUGAGAUCGUAAUUUGGGCAGUGGAAAUUCACUCUGUAGUUGCACUCUUGUUUGAUAUUGUACAUACAAUAGAUAGAUAUGCAUUUCCAAUGUCUUUUAAUUUUGCAAGGAAAGUGGCUGAAGUGCAGAGGCAUCUAUAAAUGAAGAGAAAGCACUACUCUUUGGUAUGGAUUUUAGUUUUUUUGCCGGAGAUGUGCAGCGUUAGUGGUAUCCAGUUCUCUGGCCACUCUCUGUCCCUGUCUGACACGUGCAACCUAAGCAACUCGGCUAAAGUGAGAUGGCACGGGUGUUCACAUUCAGCUUUCCCUUUUUUUGGACCAACACGCUUUUUGAAAUCAAGUUAUUUUGACAGGGUAUCGAUAUUGAAUAUGAGAUGCGCAGAAUCAGCAGAAUAUGCAUAUUGGUCUCGUGCUGUGGAGGUACCUCACCAGCAUGCUGGUGUUCUGACAAAUCAGACAUGCGAGGCUGCAUUCUGUAUUAGCCAAUGGGGUUUACAGGGGCAAAAAACAAGAAGGGGUGACAAGGGAAUUGUAAUAGUCCAAAGCUUCAAAACAGUAGGUAGUUUGAUUUUGGAAAUGUGAAAAUACCAUAGGACUACAACCUGCAUACUUAUGGAUAACCAAACAUUGGAAAAUGAGUUUGAAAACUAUUUCUGAAAUGCAGUUUGUUUUCAUCCAUUAUCUAGACUGCUGAGAAAUAAAAGAGCACGGCCGUGUAACUAACAGAAUUAUUUACUUCACGAAGCGUGCUCAGUUUGAGUAGGUAGGUCACCCUGAAGGGUAGGACAGUUUGUCAGAACACCGACCCAUCUUAAUAAAUGUCUGCUGGCUGUCAGCGAUUUGAACGCUUCUAACGGGACAGCCAUCUCAUUUUUUCUCCCCCCAAACCGCCCCUCCCCUCCCCCCUCGCCCCCGCAUUUGACGGAUGAAACUUCAGGAAAUAUUAAGCGUGACUGAUUGUGCAAAGCCCUUAAGGACCGCACAGUGUAUUUCUCUUAGAUAACCCGGGAGCGACUCUCUCAGCUUCCCUUCCGAGGGGGUCAAGUGCCGUGAGACGCAGGCGUGGAUUAACCUUUCAGCAGGAAAUAAUGAGAGGCGAGAAGAGAGAAGGGAAAUGGAGAGGAAGGUUGUGGAAGCUGUUGUUGUAAAUUACCUAAAGCCCCUCUAAGUCUGUACAUUGCCUUUAUUGGCUGUAGAUGAAACAGGAUCAGUGAAAGAAUGAUGAACCUCUUUAUUCACGUUCAGCCAGGCCCAGGACCGUAUGCUAAAGGUGUCCAAUGCCUUGUGCAAAAAGCACUGGAUGCAACGCUCCCUGGUUAGCCCAACUUUCCACUACAUUUCGACUAGGAAAUCUUCUAAGCUCCAAAAAAUACAACUCUAUGGUAUUUUAAAAGACUUUAACAGAUUUUUUUUGUUGUCAACAAGAUUACAAUAGUAUGAGGAGAGCCUCCAUAAUAGGCUGAGCUAUGAUUCAUUGACUAUUGUGAACCAAUCAAAACACGCUGCACUGCACACAGACACAGACACACACA